AUAAAUUUGUUUGAAAAGAGACAAGUUUCUGGAGGAAGGAUCCAAAGCUCUGGAUAUAGUUUGGAAGAAGUUGUUGGUUUCAGAGGCAGUGCUAUGAGACCGAAUCGCUGAAACUAUUAUCGUUGCUAGAUUCAAUUUUUCGCUCCUCUGAACGAAGUUGAAUUCAAUGGAUGCUAUCAGAAAGCAAGCGUCCAAGCUUCGAGAACAAGUCGCUCGCCAGCAACAGAAUUAUUGCUAUUCAGGCUGUUCUGAAGCAAUUUGGGGGUGGUGGUUAUGGAGGUUCAGAUAAUGUGGUUACCAAUGGAGUGGAACUCCAGUUGCACCAGAAACUUGAGAAACUCUAUAUAUCGACUCGUGCGGGGAAGCAUUAUCAAAGGGAUAUUGUUCGUGGUGUAGAAGGUUAUAUUGUUACUGGAUCCAAGCAAGUGGAAAUAGGAACAAAGUUGUCAGAAGAUAGCAGGAAAUAUGGUGCAGAAAAUACAUGUACCAGUGGUAAUACACUGAGUAGAGCUGCACUAAGUUUUGCGCAAGCACAUGCUCAAACAGAGAAGGAGCGUGGAAACUUACUAAAAGCUCUUGGUACACAGGUUGCGGAGCCCUUAAGGGCAAUGGUGGUGGGAGCUCCAUUGGAGGAUGCACGGCAUCUUGCUCAACGUUAUGACAGAAUGCGGCAAGAAGCUGAAGCCCAGGCUAUUGAAGUUUCUAAACGUCAGGCAAAAGUAAGAGAAAUGCCACCUAGUGCUGAGAAUUCUAUGAAAUUAGAUGCAGCUGAAGCAAAGCUGCAAGAUCUGAAGACAAACAUGACCAUACUGGGGAAGGAAGCAGCUGCAGCAUUGGCUGCUGUUGAAGCACAGCAACAGAGGUUAACUCUUCAGCGUCUUAUAGCUAUGGUUGAAGCAGAGCGUGCCUAUCAUCAAACAGUCCUGCAAAUACUUGAUCAGCUUGAGGGGGAGAUGAUAUCAGAACAACGACGAAUUGAAACCCCUCCUAUUCCUAGUCUGGAUAACAGUAUGCCACCACCUCCGUCGUAUGAAGAAGUGAAUGGUGUCUACGCAUCUCAGGCACAUAAUGGAACAACAGAUAGCAUGGGUUACUUCUUAGGAGAGGUUUUAUUUCCAUAUUCUGCUGUAUCCGAAGUGGAGCUAAAUCUAUCAGUUGGUGAUUACAUUGUUGUUCGAAAGGUGACAAACAGCGGAUGGGCCGAGGGCGAAUGCAAAGGCAAGGCAGGUUGGUUUCCGUUUAGUUACAUUGAAAGGAGGGAACGGGUUCUUGCAAGUAAGGUGGCUGAAGUGUUUUAAGCUUUUCCUGUUGAGUUGGUUUCUUAACCUGCGAAUUUUGUAUGUAUGUUUUGAUAUGUAAAACAAAUUGAUUUGAGAUAUAGAUGGAAACUUUUCCCGUUUGAUUAUCAUG